UCUCACUACGGGGAUCUUUUUCUCCCCAAAUAGACAGGCGGGAACUGCAGCUGCAUCUCCUGCGCGGCCAUCAAGUGCGAUGAAAGCGGGGGCCGCGUCAACUUCAUCUCCACAUAAUGUUCCCGAGACCACACCACUUGCGAACAAGAGCAAGAUCGGAAAAACUACCUCUCUUGGCGGGGGCCAGAUCAGGAAAGCUGUUGCCACGGCAACUUCUGCGAGCGGGCGGAGCCUUGAUGGUGUCAGCAUCGCAACCGCAGGAACAUCGAAUAAACUGCCGCUUGCCACGGCUACAACCAGGACAACAACCCUCGCAGACGUGAUCAAGUUGAAGCAUGCUUCGAACGAGCAAGAAGCCAAAACUUCGUCGCGUAAGACGGAAGGAGGGUCUUUUUGUUCGGUGGAAGAUAGCAAAAUCUUCGCUACUUCUGGAGUAGAAGGGGAUGCUCGUGGUGGUGGUGGUGGUGUCUCCUCCACAAACAACACGGGCCACCACGAUAUCCUAAACGGCGACGGCGUAAACGUAGUGGAUGCAUCUUCCUUCGCUGUGGGGGACUUCAUCCGCAGUAGCGUUGAUCAGCUGAUAAGCCUGCGGCGGGGAAGCGGGCUCAACCGGACUUUGAACUAUCCGACGGCGCCAAGGCGAAGCAAUUCCCCAUCGGGAGAUAGCUUGUAA